AAGAACAUAAAAUUGAUAGUUGAAUUAUGUCAUUGUAAACUUAACUAAAGAUGCUUUUGUUUUAAAUUCUUUGAAAGAAUGAACUGUCAUCGUCUCAUUGAUCACCUGUCUUGUUGAAAGGAUGCCUUCUAGAUUUAUUUCACUAAUUAAAACUCGAUAAAUAAAAUCAAGGCAGGAUAGUUAAAUCAAUAAUUGAAUUGUGUCUUUGUCAAAUUACAUAAAGAUGAUAUUGUUGUCUUAAUUUCUUGAAACAAUUUACUUUUAUCAACCACCUAAAAAGAGCAUGUGUGCUAGCUUUAUUUCACUGUUUACUCAACAAAAAUAAAGGCAUAAUAAUCACUUAACAAGUUAGAAGACAGAUGAGAACUUUGAAAUAGUAUGCCAUUUGUGAUACUCUUUACAGCUAUUCACUAUAUAAUAAAGAAAUAAUUUGAAAUUAUCUAUUUAAAAUAGUAUGCAUGAACCGGUGCUAUGUAUAUAGGCUCUAGGCUCAACUGUGAAACAUCUUAAAACUGAUCGAAAAAGAUAACAUUUUAUAUAAAGUGGUCAUCACGAAUCAUGCUUUGCUUUGUUUAAAUUGGGUUGACCAAGCUAAGCCACCGUGAUGAGAAUUGAGGACAACCACUACAGAAUAAGAUGUUAGUUAAAUGAGACAAGAAACUGAAAACGAGCAUUCCACUACUAUUAGAUUCUUUAACUUGUGAAUCUUCUUUAUAUAUAUGUUUUUGGGUUUUGGCUAGCUUAACAUAUGCAUAUGAAUUAAUGUGUAUAAAGUGUGAAGAACAAAAGACCAAAGAGAAAGUGAAUAUGAAGAACAAGUCAAAGUUUGUUGGGGUGAGGCAAAGAGCUUCUGGAAAAUGGGCAGCAGAGAUCAAAGAUACAUCAAAGCAGAUAAGGAUUUGGCUUGGAACCUAUCAAACUGCUGAGGAAGCUGCUAGAGCCUAUGAUGAAGCUGCUUUUCUCCUUAGAGGUUCCAACACUCGCACCAACUUCAACACUCGUCACACCAUUGAUCCCAAUUCUCCUAUAUCUCUCAAAAUCAGAAACCUGCUCGAUCGUAGAACUAUCUCAACUCGAAUUCAAAACCAAUUCCCUAUGGUUAGUCCCAAUGUUCAAGAUGCCAAGCAAGAAAACCAUGCAUGUAGAUAUAGUGGUAGUAGUGAAGGUGAGUCUUUGUUUUGGGUUCAGAACCAAGUUUCUGAUAAUGUUUAUAGGCCAGAAUUGAAUAUGAUGAACUGCGCAACGGGUCCGGUUGAACUAAAUGAGUAUCAGUUUGAUUAUUCAUGGGCAUUAGCUCAACAAAGGAUUAAUGAAUUAUCAAUAUUAUCACCAGAAAGUGGAUUCAAUGAAGAAAGGAAACUGUCAGAUUCACUUUUUGCCAUGAAUGAGGAUGAACAUGGGAGUGCGUAUGAGUGUGAUGUCAGUUAUCCUCUCUCCCACUUGUUCUGCUUUAAUUGAUGUUCAUGUUCUUAUCCAUGAGUAAUUGUUUUGCGAAAUCGACUUUGUAAUUGGAAGUAUUUAUAUGCACUUAGAAUACUCUAGUUUGUAUGAAAUUACCACCUUUUCCAUGCCAUUUUCUUAAAGUGAAAGUUACUCAUAUAGCUCAUCUAUGGUAGUUUGCUAUUCUAGCUUCAACCAAACAUAUCCAUAACAAAUAAACGGCACAAAAAUUUCUUGGAGCUCGAUAAAUUCAAUAUGCAAAUAGGGAAAAAGUUGCAGCCUAGCAAUGGCAGGUUCCCGAAAGUAGACUAGAGGCUCAUUCUAUUUUUGCUCUCUUUCAAGCCAAAUAAUUUGGAGUUUAAAGACUUACUUGAGUUUUAAGCAAACUGAACCUGUAGCUCCAAAUGAUACUUGAUACUGAAUGAUCUAGCGGCCAACGGAUCAAAAAUACAAAGCUCCUCAUUACCAAAGAUUCUCACUUUUGUUAGGUGCUGCAUUUUCUAUUUUUGAGACCAACAUAAAAUGCACGCAGACUUGACUCUAUCCGGUUAAAAAGCAUCAUGAAAGAUGAUUGACUUUCUUUCAUUCAUUCCAUACAAAGACUUGACUAUCAUUGCUGUUAUGAGUGUUUUCACUUAGACUAGCAGUAGUUACAUUCGAUUCACGUGCCUCGGUGAAUCUCUCACUUCCAUCUAUAUUGAAAUAAUAAAAACGGAGAUCUAUUAGAAAUUGCAAGCGGCGACACAUAAACUAAAAGAAAAAAA